AUGUCGUUGCGAUUGAGCGAUCAUCCCUACACGGCCAAACGGGCUCUCGAGGGCGCUGUCUACACCCCAGAGGCGGUUCUCGUCAUUGUCUGUGCUACGUUGGCGAUGUGCAAUGCCUUUGAGCUGUUGUGUCUCAUCUUCAUGACCUUCAAGCGUCGCUCGGGUCUCUACUUUUGGAGUAUCCUGCUUGCGUCGUUUGGUGUCAUUCCCUAUUGUGUCGGAUGGUUGAUUGUCUACUUUGACUUCACCCACGACUAUGUGGGCAUGAUCAUUGACAGCGUUGGCUGGGUUCUGUUGGUCUCUGGCCAGUCUGUGGUGUUGUACUCGCGGCUCCAUCUUGUCGUGACAGACGCUAGGAUCCUACGGGGUGUUCUAUGUAUGAUCGUUAUCAACGGUGUUGUCUGGCAUACUAGUAUCACCGUCCUCUUAUUUGGAUCGACAUACUCUCCAAACAAAAGCAAGCGAGGCUUCAACGCCGUCUUUAACGUCCUCGAAAAGGUGCAGAUGACCUGUUUCUGCAUCCAGGAAUUUAUAAUCUCCGGCCUCUAUAUCUGGAAGACGAUCGGUAUCCUCAAGACGGCCUUUGGCAACACACGACGUGUCCUUUGGCAGCUCUUUGCCAUCAAUAUCGUCAUCGUCAUCAUGGACAUUGCCCUCCUCGCCAUCGAGUAUAAAAAUUACUUUGUCUGGCAGCAGGGAAUCAAGGUGGUGAUAUACUCCAUUAAGCUUAAGCUCGAAUUUGCGGUACUCGGCGAACUCAUCGACUUCAUCCGGCACCGUGGAGGAACUCAGUCGGGAUCGAAUCGAGAUUACCGCAAUACGGGUGCAUUUGUCGAACUUUCUGCGCAUAAGCCAGGAAAGGAUAAGAAGACUGCGACCAUGACAGACCCUACCCGAGACGACUUGGAGUCCAACACGGUGAUUGUAGCGUCUAAGGGAUCACCUCUUGGCGAUGGUUCAGGGGACGAGAUCCGCGUCGUUACUAGAGUUGAUGAUGAGAGUCUGAAUGUGGAUCCGAGAGAUGAUAGGAGCACUGAUGAGUUGUAUCAUCACACAAUCGCCAAGUCCACGGCGAGAUAG